AUGGCGGCCGAUAAACGAGUCUCUCAGAUGAGAGAAAGAUUUUAUUCACACUUGUGUAUUAAAAGAAAAUCAGCAACUACUAAAAAUUGUACGUUUAUUGACUAUCAAUGGUAUGAACAAUUGUUAGAAGAAAUAAAAAAUGCAAAAACAGCCAAUAAGAAGUUACCCCGGGAUUAUUGGUUAUUGAAGCAUUAUGAUUUUAUAACUGUUGGUCAAAAACAUAGGUUAAUAUUUCCUGUGAAUACCCCAAAUAACAAUAUUAUAUAUUACGUUGCUGAUAGUGAAUUAUUCCAAGUACUUCACGAGGUGUAUCAAAGUAUCGGCCAUGGCGGUCGAGACCGUAUGCUGAACGAGCUUUCUAUACGAUACAAGAAUAUAACUCGCCACGAUGUUGAACUAUAUCUGCAACUUUGCGAACCGUGCCAGCCAAAACAAAAAGGAAUAAAAAAAGGGAUUGUCGUCAAACCCAUACUUUCAUCUGAAUUUAAUUCUCGCUGUCAAGUAGAUUUGAUUGACUAUCAAUCUCAUCCAGAUCGAGAAUAUAAAUUUGUAAUGGUCUAUCAGGAUCAUCCCAGGAAGUUUGUAAUAUUAAGAGCACUAAAAACACAACGCGCAGAGGAAGUAGCUUACAAUUUACUGGAUAUUUUUACAUUGAUUGGCGCACCAGCGAUCCUACAAUCAGACAAUGGUAGAGAAUUCUCAAACCAAAUUGUAAGCAGUCUUAAAACGUACUGGCCAACUUUAACAAUUGUACAUGGUAAGCUUAGACAUUCCCAAAGUCAGGGGAGUAUCGAACGAGCAAACCAGGACAUCGAAAAUAUACUAACAACUUGGAUGCAAGAUAGUGACAGUAAUCGUUGGAGUGAUGGUCUGCGCUUUGUACAACUCAUGAAGUAUAAAGCAUUCCAAUCAGGCAUCAAAAGAACACCUUACGAAGCUCUUUUUGGAUCUAAAGUAAAAGUUGGUAUAUCUUUACCUCUCGAUGAUACUCACAACUUGGAGAGUGAAGAGGAUCUAGAAAAUGUGAUUAAGUCAUCACCAAGUAUUUUGAUUCUUUCAGAAUCUUUAAUAGUAGAUCGAGUUCGGACACAAAAUCAACCUAUAGAGGCUCAACAUCAACAAACCCCCGUCAUCGAAAGUUCUGAGAUCCGUAAUGAAGUUUCGAAUGCUCAAAGUGCGUAA